ACUUUGCACCUCGCUGCUGCCCAUUGCUUGGUUCUGCUUCUGAUGGCCACCAUUCCCUCAAAAGUGCAACAAGAAAAGGAGGAGAACCCAAUUCCGAGCCCUCCUCAGAAGUACAAUGACCUCAUUUCAGCAUUGCCACUUUGCACAUCCUUGCCCCACCUCUCUUUGAGACAAUACCAAGGCUUUUGGUUCCCGGAUAACUGGCUCCCAAGCAUCAUGACCAUGCAGAACCACUUCAAGGCUCGCCCCACCGAUCUCAUCCUUGCGAGCUACCCGAAGUCCGGCACCACCUGGCUGAAAGCGCUCGCCUUCGCUGUCACGACCAGAACCCGGUACCCGUUGGCCGACCACCCUCUCCUAAGCCUCAACCCUCACGACUGUGUCCUUUGCGUUGAUGAGCUCUUUGCCGACGGCCAUGCUUCCAAAGCAGAAGCCCUUCCUUCCCCCAGGUUGCUUGCCACUCACACUCCUUACUCUGUGCUACCGGACUCGGUCACCUCUGCCGAGUCUGAGUGCCAGAUCAUAUACGUUUGCCGGGAAGCCAAGGAUGUAGCCAUCUCCGGAUGGCACUUCGGCCAGAACAUUCCAUGGUUACAUGUGGAGGAGCAGCAUCUGCUGGCCGAAAAUUUGAAGCUGUUCUGCCAGGGGCUUGGCCCUUUCGGGCCGAUAUGGGAUCACAUUCUCGAAUACUGGAGGGAGAGCCAGAGGAGGCCCAACAAAGUAUUGUUCUUGAAGUAUGAGGAGAUGAUGGAGAAACCAGUGGAGAAUGUGAAGAGAUUGGCGGAGUUUGUGGGGUGCCCCUUCUCUGAAGGGGAGGAAAGAGAAAAGGUGGUGGAGGAGAUUGUACAGCUAUGUAGUUUGGAGAAGCUCAAGAACCUGGAGGUCAAUAAGACGGGAACUUUAGCAUCGACAAAUAUACCGAAUGCUUCGUUCUUUAGAAAAGGAGAGGUGGGGGAUUGGCGGAAUCAUCUGGAUCCGGAGAUGGCUCGGAGUGUGGAUGAAGUUUGCGAGCAGAAGUUGCGGGGUUCGGGUCUGACACUCGGAACUAUUAAAGACUAAUGCAGAACUUAAUUAUGUAGUAAAUUUAUCUCAUAGUUGCUAAUGUGUCCUAUGUUACUGUAGUCAGUCGGAAGUCUUUUAAGUGAGUCAAGUAGCUGUAACCAAGUGUCCUUGAUUUAUGCUUUUGUGGCUUUGUUUUAGAGCUAUGGUGGUCAUGAGUUAGUCCUAUAUGUGGUCCUUGAAAAGCGAAGUUUGUUAUGCUUUUAGGUGUAUUUAGAAGUUUUUCAGAUGAAUAAACUUGGCAGUUCAGUUGUUCAA